AUGUUUGGAACAACCGGCGGUGUGGCUUUGAUGAAGUUGGUGUUGCUGUUUUGUCUCUUCUGUUGCAUCCGAAGCGCCAGCACAGUCGUCCCAGGCAAGGUAGGGUAAAAAUAUGAUAAAUUAUUUCAUUUGAAAUAUAAUUAAGACCAUCUUUAUUUCUUCUUGGCGUCACAAUGUUCUUUCUUAUUUCUCAUAACAUUCUCCACACCCCAUCAGCAUACACCUAAAGCUUGCUUCAGUACAUAUUUGUUAAAAAAAAAUUCUUGAUACGAUUGGAGCACAUCCACUUACACAUUCUUGGAAGAUUUCCACAAGGUUUCUUUAUAACAGAGGCACCUAGCUUAAACUGGGUCUUCUUAAAUAGGGAAUUUAUUUGUUUAUUUCACGCGAAGGUUUUACUUGCCACAGUGGUCUGAGUGGCCUGUUCCAGGAGUUCAAAUUGGAGGGACGGGGCAACGAAGAUACGAGCAGAAAAAAAAAACAGUGAGGGGGGUGGGGUAGGGGAAGAGGGCGAAGUUCCCUCCUCUUUCCCUCUCUUCUUCCUUAUUUUUCUCUGCUCUCUCAUUUCGUGCCGCACUCCACAAACUGAACGCCUGGAACAGGCUAUGGUCUGAGGGUGUCAGCGCAGCCCUUCCAUAUCUUCUCGUUCUUAUUUUUUUAUCUAUUUCCAUUUGUAUUUAUUUAUUUAUAACCUAGCUAAGAAAUAGAGAUGCUUUUUCCAGUUUGGAUUGUGACUCUUUUUUCCGCAUCAUUUGAAACAAGGUCAACCACAUACUUAUGGCGCUUUCCACUUGUCAGAAAUUCAAAGUGGCCGACCAUUCCCUUCGCAACGAGAAUCUAACUGUGAAUCAAAACUAUCCAGCCAUCAGUCAAAUCCUAAAUAGCAUGCACGAACGAAUGGUUUUUCAUUAAAAGCUCUUGGAAAAAGCCUAUUCUAUUUUCGGAAUGACUGCUCCGGGCUAUGGUCCUCAUCUUUCGACUGUUACGUAACAUCUAGGCUAUUUUGCUUUCUUUUGGUCUUACUAAUUUAAUUGUUACCUCAUAGAGCCCCAGUAUGUGCGCACAAGGAUCGCCCGGUCUUGCAGGACGAAAUGGGGUGAAUGGGCAUAAUGGGUUACCAGGCCGCGACGGUCGAGAGGGUGCUAAGGGCGAGAAGGGUGUGGCAGGCCCUCCUGGACCACGUGGUUUCAAAGGAGAAGCGGGAAUAGUCGCUGUUGAACAAAGAAACUGGAAGCAGUGCGCGUGGCAAAAGGGUGACGGCCGUGAUAUUGGCCUUAUUAAGGUGAGAGGGAGACAAUUACUGAUCUCUUUAUUCAGAUUCAGUUUUACUGGACCUACAUGUAAUUAAAGGAAUUCACAAACGUUUCUCAAAUGUUCCAGUCUAUAGUUCAAUUUGUCAGCUAUUCUCUCUUUAAUUGGAUAAAUCUUUCUUCAGUUAUGUUCCACUGUUUUUCACUGAACCUUGACGAACUAACUCCGAACUCUGCCUUUGUUUUUCUUAGAGUUAUUUGAGUUUCGGUUGUUGAUUCGAUCACUAGUUGUGGGCAUUAGAUACUUAAAACCAUGAGAUUUGCUAUACGUAGCACAAAGCUUACUGCAAGUUGUCCUAGGUAGCCUGAACAAAAUGUUUAGGUGACAAAAUUGCAAGAAUAGGCAACCCCACCUAGAGUAACCAGGGAUCAGGUGUUUUCCUCCUCCUCCUCCUUCUUCCUCGUCUUCUUCUUCGUACAGGCAAAGGGGCCGGCAAGGGAAGAAGGACCGCCUGAUCGAAGGUUACACCCCGAGUUGCCUUCUCCACUCCCCCUCCCUCCUUCCCCCCACUCCCCCUCUACUAGUGUUCUACGAGCUAGCGGUAUUUGACAACAGCCGAUUUAAAAAGGCGCUACUUCACUUCAGUUAAGCGAUCGGCUCGCAUGGGUAGGGCUUUCCCGGGUACCCGGCGAACGAUAUAAAUGUGGCAUUAGAAAUCUAUGAAUGAUUUGGUGUAUGAGGUACGGAAAGAAUCAUAGGGCAGAUGACUCAAGGGAUUCUUCAGUCAUUUACUUUCCGUGACAUUUUUUUGGCCUGUUAUAUUGUCCAAAAUCAAUAUACACAUCGCUCUUUGCGUUAUAUCCGUACUUUAAGACCGUAAUUGACUCUCUGAACUAAGUCAUAACAUUGCAAGUAAACAAACAUUACGAUUUGAAUAACAAUGUGUAUCACAUUUCAUGGUGUUCUUUGUGGCUCUACUUGCUAACAAUAAUUUAAUGCUGUGUUUUCAGAAUUGCCAAUUUACUAAGAUUAAAGACGAUACAGCUCUUCAUGUUGUAUUUCAAGGAAAUAUCUAUCUGGGAGGUUGCGGGAGCUGCUGCAAGCGAUGGUUCAUCACUUUCAACGGCGUCGAGUGUAGCGGUCCUCUGCCUAUUGACGCAAUGCUGUUUAUCCACAAUAGUAACUCAAAUGACUUCAGACACGGAGCAAUAGAAGGCUACUGUGACAACAUUGGAAAAGGGAAUAUCCGUGUUGGCAUCAACAUUGGAAACUGUCUUGGCAAUAGAAACACCAAUGGUUACACGGGGUCGACUUCAGUGUCUCGAUUGAUUAUCGAAGAAGUUCCCCAGUCCCAGUGA